GAUGUGCAUUUCAUCAAAAUACCUCAUCGCCAUAUUUGUCUCUUCAUCAGGAAAUUAUUAUCAAAGGUCGUCCAUCCAAUAAUUUCCUUUAUUUACGUACAAAAAUUGUUGAUAAUGCAUGGGGUGGCAUUUUGAUUGGAAAUUUUUGUUUGCCAUUAUGGAGAAAUAUUGAACCAAAGGUAUUGAUAAGUUGGACUGAAUUAAUAGGAAAUCGUUAUCAUCCAUCCAUCGAGAUAUUUGCAUGUCAAAAAGUUGGAAUGGCUAAUACUAUAGUUGAUUUUACCGGAAAUCGGAUUGAAGAUGGUUUAGGAGUAGGUUUUCGAAUGGAACCAGCCGUAAAUACCAUAACAAUUAUAUCAAGUAAUCAAUUUAUUGCAAAUAAUAAUACAGCUCUGAUCAUUCGAAAUGCUCGAUAUCCACAAUUAUAUAAUUUGCCGGCUCAGGUAAUUAUUUCGAAGAAUUCAUUCAAAUUUAACAUCGGAAAAAGUAUUAUUUCUAUUGGUAUGGUAGAAGGUUCUCAAAUUCAAAAUCUUACAUUUAAUCAACAAAAUGAAGUUCGUGAAAAUCGUGUUAUCAAUCCAUUUCCAUAUCUUAAUCCACGAUUCACUCCUUAUGCUGCUUUAGUAGUUUCUAGCAGCAAUGUGGUAAUUAAUCGUAAUUGUUUCAAAAAUCCUCAAGCAACAUAUGAAAUAGGCAGUGAACUUGGUGAGCAUGCCAAAUGGAUCGAUGCUCGUGAAAAUAAUUGGGGUUAUCCGAGACCUGAAUUAUUUAUGCAUCGAAUUUUUGAUCAAUUCAAUCGUUACACUUUAGCUACCAUUGAAGUAAAUCCAUUUGCUGCUGUGUGCAAUCAACGAAGGCCUCAUAUUACUGCCGUACAACAGUAUUAUCGUUCAUUUCGCAAAGAUAGUGAGCCGUACAUUUUAGGUGGUACCAUAUGGGAAAAUCAGGAUUUAGGAAAAGGCUUGUAUACGGUUAUAGAUGAUUUGAAUAUCGUACCUGGAGCACGCCUUACAUUAUCACCAGAUACUGUACUGCAAUUUAACAAUGGUUUAGGAAUGCUGGUUCAGGGGGAAUUAAUGCGUACAGAAUUGCAUUCUUCUGAUGAAAUGGUAAAGUUCACAAGUACACCAUUUGUUCUUCCUCAUCCGCCAAAUAUUCGCCUUGUUGACGAAGAUGGUAACACUGAUAUACUUGCUGGUCGUUUAGAAGUAUAUGUUAAUAAUCAAUGGGGUACAAUAUGUAAUAAAAGUUGGACCAAAGAAUUAGCAUUAUUAGCAUGCAAUCAACUUGGCCUCAUAAUGGAUCCGGAAAAUUUCGAAAAUUGGCAAAUAUUUCCGCUACCGGGUGAAUUAUCAAUUGUAAUGGAUAAUAUUCGUUGUGAAGAGAAUGAAUAUGAUAUUACAAAUUGUCGACAUGAUGGUAUUAAUCAUAAUAUUAUAGCAUCAUGUGCAUCAACAAAUGUUGUUGGAUUACGUUGUAUGGAACCUCGUUGGAGUGGUGUUCGAUAUUCUUUCCUUGCAAAUCCACCAUUAGUUACCGGUCAAAGUACCAUGGAAAAAUGGAUUAUUGAAAAAGCUGGCCUUUUUGAUUUUCGCUUACCAAAAUUUAGUGCAGCAUUACAAAUUGAUUGGAAUUGUCAUACAUUUCAUAAUUUGUAUAUUAGAGAUAAUUUUUGGAAUGGUAUUGAUAUUGUAUACAAUGAUUUAACAAGAAAACCAGCAAUUCGAAUGAGCCGAUUUGAAAAUAAUCGUCGGCAUGGAUUGAAAAUCCGUUCACAAGGAAUUACAAUUCAAAAGAAAAAAAUUUUUUUUCCUUUUUGGGUAUCUCUAACCGGAAAUGGACAAUCCGGUUUUCGUUAUGAUCCAUUAAUAACAAAUGAUUUACAACGAGAUAUAGUAACAUGGUUGGAACGUCGAGAACAACCGGAAAUGGAAGCUAAUAACGUUUUUAUAAUACCAAAUGUUAACAUUGAUAAGUUAACAGUUUAUGAAUCACAUCUUAAUCAACGAAAAUUUUUAAUUGCAAAAGUAACAUCAGAUUGUCCACUUGCACUUGUUGAUCCAUGUAUCCAUGAAAUGUCAUUAUUUGCAAGUGGCAGUGAAUAUGGUUUGAAUUCAAGAUUAGCUAUACAAGUUAUCAAUCGUGUUAAUGAGGAAAGCGAUGAAGAUAUCCUUUUAAUUGAUAAUAUUGGGAAAAAAAAUUGGAGUGUACGCAAUGAUCUUAUCAAUUUUCCCAUUAUAUCAUUAUCAAAUACAUUACAAUUAAAAUAUACGCGAACAUACGGGAAACCAUCAGUAAUUAUUCUCGUACUUUUUCUCAAUGCACAGGAAUAUUUAAAUCGAUUUGUACAUGUGUAUCAAUCAGAAAUAAUCAAUAAUCAAUAUGCCGUAUCAUCGGUUCAUUAUUCGAAUUGGACAAUUCAGAAUGAAAUUUUAUUAAAUCGAUGGGUAAAUGAAAAACUUUGGUUUCAAAAAGUUAAUUUUAUGAAUAAUACGGAAGCUAUCAUAUGGAUUCAUUCACCACAACAUCUCAUUUUCAACAAUACGCCAAUUGCUAAGAUUGGUUAUCAUAUUGAUAAUUGUUCGAUUAUUAAUAAUACUGGUUCAAUUAUCGAAUUACAUCAUGAUCUAUACAAUAAUGCUAAUAUAUUUGAAUGGUUUUUUUGGUCGAAUACUUUUUUAAAUAAUGCAAAUAGUACAAUAAUGAUACAUCUCCCUGAUACUAUCAAUUUACGACUACAACAAAUUCAUUCCCUCAAAAUGACAGAAAAUCGAUUCGAAAAUAAUACCAAUUUUGCAAUAUUUAUUAACGGAUAUUAUGCAUUCAUUAAUAUAUCAUCAAAUAAUUUUACCAACAAUAAUGCACCAAAUGAAAUUGGUUUAAUUACUUUUAAUGGAAUGGAAAAAGAUUUAUUUGUUGAACGAAAUCGAUUUAUUUAUAAUCGUGGUUGUUGGAUGUUAAAAAUGGAUAUUCGAUCACAUUCAUUACGUGAUAAAGUAACAGCAUGGAUUCAAUAUAAUUAUUUUUUACAAAAUGGUUUUUUAAGUAAUAUAGAAGAAUAUGUGGAUAUGUGGCCACGUUCAUUUACGAUUGGUAUAUUUGGAUCACAAUUAGCUAAUAUUCAUUUUAAUCGUUUACGGAAUGUUUUAUUCGAUUUUGAACUUAUUUCUGGUGCUAAGAGUGCAAAUGUAAACGAUACGAUGAAUGUAACAUAUAAUUGGUGGGGUGUUUCUAAUGAAGCAGCAAUUUAUCAACGAAUAUUUGAUUUUGAUGAUUGGAAUAUUUUUACAUUGACAAUGUUUAGUCCAUUUUAUGUUACGGAGGAAAAUUUCAUCAGUUUUUGGUGGAAACCGCAAAAUGGACAAUUAGCAAAAGAGAAAUAUUCCGAACCAUCCAUUUACAAUUUAAAUGGUCGUAUUUAUGAAUCCAAAAAUCUUACCUGUAAUCGUGAACGUUGGCAUGAAUUCCCAUUUUAUUAUAAACCAUUUGAACCAUAUCGAAUUAUCAAAGAUUUAACAAUUAUGCCUGGCGCUACACUUACUAUUGAAAAAGGCGUUGAAGUACAUGUUUGGCCAAAUGUACGUAUUCUUGUAUUGGGUAAUUUAAAAGCAGAAGGAACAUAUUGGGAACCCAUACGCUUUAAGCCAAUUAACGUAACGGAAUAUAUGGAAGAACAUGGCGCAAUCGUAGCACGUCAUGAGCGCUCGAAUCAUUGUUCCAUUCAAUCUAACAAUCUAUGUCGACAUCAAAAGAAGCGACAAUCUGAAUCGAUUGGAAAAGAUAGUAUUAAUCAAUAUUUUCCAACAAUAAAUCGAUAUAAUUCAUAUUAUCAACAAUUUGUGAUACGUUUAAAUGGAACAAAACCAAUGAUUGGAUUCUUAGAAUUCUAUAAUGCAACAACAAAUGAAUGGAUACCAUCUUGUGAUCGACAAUUUACUAUACGAAAUGCUCAGGUAGUAUGUCGAGAGCUUGGCUUUAGUGGCGCAAAUGUUUAUGAAUGGUUAACACCGCGAUGGAAUUAUAAUCCAAAAAUAAUCAUUCGAAAGAAUUAUGUUGCACCACGGCAAUGUAUCGGAAUAGAAUUAAAACUUGAACAAUGUCCGAUACGAAUGAGUAAUAAUUUAAGUAUGUGGCAAUGUACUGAUAAUGAACAUUUUAAUUUCAUACAUUGUGGUGAUGAAACAAUCCUAAAUAGCAAUUAUAUUGGUAAUUGGGGUGGUAUUACAAUUGCGCAUGGUAGCAUUGAUUAUGAGCAAAUUAAUACGACAGAACAAUCGAUAUUACGAAAUGUGGAAAUUGUUGGUGGUGGCUUAGCGCAUAAUGAAACAAUUGAUGUAGCUGCGGUAUUAUCCAUUGGACGUAAUCCGAUGUUUGAUCAUGUCAACAUUACAAAUUCGUCCAUGCAUGGAUUACAGAUUCUCAUUCCUCAUAAGAAUAUUAUUUUGAACAAACUUAAUGUAACACAAAAUCAUGGUUACGGUAUAAGUUUUUGGGUAUCAAAUUCACAAGGAUCAGGUGGAAAUUCAGCUAAUGUAUUAGGAAUGAUGAAUAUCAUACCAUAUAAUGCUCGUGGUUUAUUGGAUAUUUGCGCAGCGCAAAAGCAAUUUGAAGUUAUAAAUCGUAUAAUAAUGUACUUCAAGUAUGAUUCGCAUACUGUUGAUUGCGUCAAAAUUUUUACAUCAUCGAAACAAAAUAUUGGAUUUCGAUUUCUUUUGAUGAAUCUAUACGAUGGCUCGCAAAUGAAUCUUGGACGUUUAGAUUCAAUAACACUAUAUAGUGAUGCUAAAUUUACCCAAAUUAUACAUCAAUUUACUUCGCAAACAUCAGACUGGUCUUUAAAUGUCCAAGCACAAUCACUUUUGGCCAUACAUAUGAGAGCUAAUGCAGCCAAUGGUAUUUAUGGAUUUAUUGCUGAAAUUACUGUUAUUCCAGCAUUGGCUCAAACAUAUAUAGCGAAUGAAAUUUUAAUACGACAUAGUCGUGUAGAGAAAAAUGAUCGUGGUGCAAUAUUUUAUCGUAAUACAGGUGAAAUAGGACCUAGUCUUGUAAUUAGCAAUUGUAUGAUUCAAAAAAAUGGUUAUCAUUUAUUUGGUAAUAUAAGUACAACAACUUCUGCUAUUCAAUUACAUUUUCACAAUACAUUGUUGGCACAGUUUCGUAACAAUUUAUUGAUGGAUAAUAUUGGUGGACUGUGGAUGACCGCUUUAACAACUAGUCCAAUUGCUCGAUUAAUUGUAAUUAUCCGAGAAUGUGUUUUCAUGCAUAAUUCGAAUGGUACUACUCUUGCUUUCUUAGGAAAUGGUAAUCAGAAACUAUGGUUAUUCAAUAAUUUGAUCAGAAGUAAUUAUGCGCUACAUCAUGAUACAGUACUACUAAAAGGUAUUAUAGCAAAUUUAACGCGUAAUCUCUUUGCUAACAAUACAAGCUUACACAAUCUUCAUUUACAACCUAAUUUACCGGACUCGUUGGAUUCAUAUAUAUUGUAUAGGAAUUGGUUUUAUAAUAACAUUGCUCUUGGACAUGGCUAUCAAUAUCAGGAGCUAUAUGGAUAUCAACCGGAUUAUAUGUCGGAUGAAUUUGUACAUCGAUCGAAACGAGAAAUAGCAAUGGAAAAGAAUGUAAGCUUCGAUUGGUGGACUCAUAUUGGUACAGAUUCGGAACGUUAUCCAAGUACAGUAUAUGCAGGCAUUUCGAAUAUACUGUACCGUGAAAAUAUAUUCAACAAUCCGGUUAAUCCAUAUGAAUUGGUUACGGGGAAAGCAAAUAGCCGAGAAGGGCAUGCAAUUGAUGCACGAGAAAAUUAUUGGGGUUAUCCAGGAACAGCAAGUGUUGCUAGUGGGAAAAUUCGUGAUUAUUAUGAUUAUGAAUAUUUACUUCGAGUGGAUUAUAUGCCAGUUCUUGAAUCCAAUGCAUCACUUAUUGAAG